UGCUUAAUAAGACUUCCUAAUCUUGACGUGCAGCAUUCAUCAGCAGUGUCUAUACCUGGAGAAUCUCAGCAGGAGAUGGCCUUGAGGUCCAUGCCCUGACACCAUCUUCCUCUUGCUUUUCUUCCACCUCUGGGUUUUCACAUCCUGUUUGACAUCUCCUUCUAAUAUAUUCUUCCUUUAUCCCUUCGUUUAUUAGGGAGAUGUUCCAAGCUGUGAUAGCUCACUCCAGGACACACCCUUGGAUUUAUUGAUUUUUUUUUCCUGGUCCUACACCUUAAUGCUGAUGGCUUCACCCUGAAAAUUCUGGUAACUAGGUGACAUUAUCUCCUUCUGAGAGCAUUAUCGAGUCACAGUUUAAUACACAAAUUAGUUUAGACACCUCAUUAAUAUGUUUUCCCUCCUACGGUACACGUCACACGUGAUGAUGAGUUCUGCUUUCAUUGCCCAUCAAAACAGUUUCUGAAGAGAAAGGACUAUUUUUAUCUUACUUGAUAUUUUAUGGCUUUGACAGAAUAUAUCUGGCUUAUAUUUAAAUAUGUUUCAGUAAGUAGAUGAGUGAGUUGUGUGCACAGGAGAAUUAAUUUUUUUAGUAAAAGUAAAACAAAUGCUUGGAUUGUUUGACUGUAGGAUCAGCAUGGAAGCUCAUCCCUCCUUAGUGGUGGAACCGUCUUACCCAGACUUGAUCAUCUGUGCAGGAAAGGUGACACUCGGAGAAAAAGAUCGAAAUAAAAUGGACUCGAAGAAGAAGAGACUGGAGAAAGCAAGAAUCACAGAGGCUGCUUGUGCUCUGUUGAACUCUGGAGGAGGAGUGAUUGUUAUGACAAUGGCCAACAAGAGCGAGCAUCCUGUGGAGAUGGGACUGGACUUGGAGACGUCUUUAAGAGAGCUUAUUCCGUCCUCUGAUUUGCAGGCUUUCAUUGAGACCAAGCAACAAGGGGACCAGUUUUACAUUUUUGUUAAAUCUUGGAGCUGCAGCCCUAAAGAUGGUUCCACUAAGCCUCGCAUUUGCAGCCUGAGCUCUUCCCUGUACUGUCGAUCUUUAACUUCAAAGCUUCCCAUGGAUUCGAAAGAAACGUUUGAGUUUCUGGAGCGCAAGAAGAUGUGUGUCAAAGGUAGUCUGACUGACGGCAAAGGUCCACCUGCUAAAAUUCCCAGACUCGUGUGUCAGAACGACCUUGAAUCAAAUCCCGCUUUUAAAAUUUUCCAAAGUGAGAGACUCGAAUAUGGCCAGCGCUUGCCGUUUUCUGAAUCUGCAUCUAUCGAGUUUAAACAAUUCUCUACCAUACGUGCCCACGAAUAUAUAAAAAGUGCAAUUCCAAAGUACAUCUCCGCAUUUGCAAACACCCAGGGAGGCUAUCUUUUAUUUGGGGUGGAUGAUGAGAGUAAGGAAGUCCGGGGAUGCCCAAUAGACAAUGUUGACCGCGACUUUUUGAAAGCAGUGGUAAAUGAAGCAAUAUCCAAGUUGCCAGUUUUCCAUUUUUGUUCAUCUAAAGAGAAGGUGUCUUAUAAGACCAGAGUCAUAGAUGUGUUUCAAGAGGGAAAUUUGUAUGGUUACCUCUGUGUGGUCAAAGUAGAGAGGUUCUGCUGUGCAGUGUUCUCAGAGGCUCCCAAUUCAUGGAUGGCAGACAAGGAGAACGGUGUCUACAGCCUGAACACUGAGGAAUGGGUUCGCAUGAUGGUGGAUAUUGGCCCAGAGGCAGCUUCCAGCAAGCAAUCGUCCCUCGAUGACCUGUCUAAAGAUUUUGAAUGUCAGCUGAGUCUGUCCAACAGCCCUCCACGCUGCAGACCAGUGUAUUCUAAAAAAGGACUGGAACAUAAAGGGGACCUGCAAAAGCGUUUAUUUCAAGUGUCAGCAGACUGUUUUAAGUAUACUCCUGAAUCCCUCUGGAGGGAGCUGUGUUCCCAGCAUGAGAGACUAGAGAACUUAAUAAGCCAGCAAAUGCGUUCUUUCUCCUGUGGUUUGCUGAUCCUCUCUAGAAGCUGGGCUGUGGACCUGAACCUGGAAGGGAAGCAGGGAGUCAUCUGUGAUGCUCUGCUCAUUGCAGAGAAUAGCCCCCCGACACUCUACACCGUCCUUGAGGAGCAAGAUGAGCUAGGUCAGGACUACUGCACCCGCACUGCCUUUACUCUGAAGCAGAAGCUGGUGAACACUGGUGGCUACACUGGGAGAGUGUGUGUCAUGACCAAGCUUCUCUGCCUGAGUUCUCAGAACAAUAUUGAGACCAAUGGGAACUCAGUCUCUCUUAUUGAUUACCCACGCUCCUAUAACCUUGCAAAUAUCCAGGAAAUGGAGGACUUGCUGCAGGCCCUUGUGAUUGUCUUGCUCAACUUCAGCUCUUUCUUAAGCGAUCAGCUUGGCUGUGAAAUUUUGAAUCUUCUCACAGUUCAACAGUAUGAGAUACUCUCAAAAAGUCUCCACAAAACCAGAGAACUGUUUGUGCAUGGCAUGCCAGGCUCAGGGAAGACCAUCAUUGCCAUGAAAAUCAUGGAAAAGAUCAAAAACACAUUCCACUGUGAAACAGAUAGCAUUCUCUACAUCUGUGAAAAUCAGCCGUUGAGGCAAUUCAUCCGGGCAAAAAAUAUCUGCCGGGCAGUAACCCGGAAAACCUUUAUGACACCUAACUUUGAGGUGGAGAGGAUCCAACACAUUAUUGUUGAUGAAGCCCAGAAUUUCCGCACUGAGAAUGGGGACUGGUAUAUGAAGGCAAAACGUAUCACUCAGAGAAUGAAAACUUGUCCUCAAAUUUUCUGGAUCUUUCUGGACUAUUUUCAGACCAGUCACCUGAAGGAGAGUGGCCUCCCAGAUUUCUUACACCAGUAUCCAAAGGAAGAGCUCACAAAAGUGGUACGCAAUGCAGAUAAAAUAGCUGAAUUUCUACAAGAAAAAUUGGAGGAAAUCAGAAGUAACCCUCCACCCAUCAUCCCCCGAGAGUCCCUGAACAUGGUCUGUGAGUUUAACUGGUCUCAAGGUGUAUCAGGCACCUGUAAGCUGCUUAGAUCCUUGGAUUUGAAACAGAUGGCGAGGUAUGUAGCAGAGAGGUGUGAUUUUUUCUUGAAAAAUGGCUAUUCUGCCCAAGACAUUGCAGUGCUUUUUAGUACAGAGGACGAGAAGGAUAACAAUGAAGAUAUGUUCCUGAGAGAAAUAAGGACCAGAACAUCUCAGAUAGAUGAUGCCUAUCAUCUUUACAUGUUUGACAGCAUACGUCGAUUCUCGGGCCUAGAAAGAAGCAUUGUGUUUGGUAUUGAUCCCCGUACAGCUGAGAAGUCCAUUUUCCACAACCUAAUGCUCUGCCUAGCUUCCAGAGCGAGGAAACAUCUGUAUAUCCUACUAAAGUACCCAACCCUUUCAACUUCUGAGGGGUGAAGCUCAAUAGUAGUAUGCUUGAACUGGAUGUAUAAGGUCCUAGGUUCAAUUGCUGAUGACAAGAAACUAAAAUCUAGUUGAGAUCCUUCAGGACAAGAAGAAGGAUAAAGAUACUGAAAGACCCAGAGUUGGGGCCAAUCUGGGGCCAUUGGGAAAAUUCCCACCACAAACCUCCAAGCACAAGGACCCUCCCUUCCAGGAGGAAAAAAAGCUGGUUUAGUUCCUGGAACAGCUGCAAGCCAGACUGUCAUACGAAGCUACCUGUGACUUCCAACUGACGCCCCGCCCCAUGGAAAGUCUUGAACAGUACACUGAGUCCGAUCUGAAAGUUGUUUCAAUCCACCAAAUGUACAUAAUACCCUGCCUAGCUUCCAUUGUGCAAAUCCUGCCCCCAUUGUUUGGAUUCUGCCCCAGUUGUUUGAAUUAUGCCCCAAUUGUUUGCAAGGUAUAUAAUCCCCUGUUAAAAUCUGCUCCUGACAUGUCAGAAUUAAACUCCUCUUGCUUUUGCACUGAUCACUGCCUCCGUGAGUCUCAUUCAAGAGGUCCUGGAAGAGGUUCAAUUCAGACCUCAUCGUACAACAAAACCUUGUUCUGUUUUGGAAAAUGUGGGAAUAAGUAUUAACCAAUGGAUAUUGUAACUGAGGCUGAAAACAAAGUUGGAGAAAAGACUGACAAGGCAGUGUACACAUGAUAUAUUGCUGGGGGCAGCAUACCAGGGCGCUGCCCACAGCAGGCCUAGAUGGAGACAUCUCAGAAGCCCUUGGCAGCUCUUUGUAAAAAAAA